UGUUGCUUGUAGCAUUUUCCUGAUAAUUAUUAUAUUUUUAACUGAAGUAUAGGUAAAGACUAUGAUGCUACCUACUACAUUCUGUAUCGUGUUUUUCGACGUUACAGUCUUUUUAGUUCUGGCAGAGACUUUAAAAACGUAUACUAAAUGUGUUGAAGCAGGAACAACGUCGGUUAACAAAAUUCCGUUCUUAGAAAAUGAUUGCAAAUCCGCUGUAGAUGGUGCCAAAAUAUGCAAAGAAAAUGAUAAGUGCACUGUUUUCACCUACGAUGAUUUGAGUAAAAUGUGUUGUCUCUAUCAGAUGAAUCAUACAAUAAAGUGUGAUUUUAAUGAGAAAAAUGGAGGAAUGACUUUUACUACAGAAAAAGAUUACCUAGUUGACUGGCAGAGGUUUGGAAACACUUACUAUCUUUAUGAAAACACAACAAAGCUAUCUUGGGAUGAUGCAGCUGCAAACUGUCUAUCUAAAGGUGGAUAUCUGGUGGAAGUAACAGACGAAGCAGAGUUUCAGCUGGUUAAUUCAAUAAUAAACGAUGAUGUGUUUCUUGGAUGCAGACGUUAUAGCGGGAAUUUGCAGUGGAUCACUUCCGGUCAAAUAUUGCUUUCUAAUGAUACACGGUGGGCCCCUGGUGAACCAAAAACAGAGGAGUGUGUUCAGAUAUGGGCUGGGAAGUUUGAUGAUACCUCCUGUCUCGAUCAAAAGAAUUUCGUAUGUGAAAAAACUGUGUUAUUUGUUUGAGAACUACAGACCACAGAUAUGUCCACACAUUUGAAAAACAAAUUCAAAACCUCUCUCAAGUGCAUGAAAAUGACGAAGAACACUCUUUAAUUAUGUGUUGACGUAUUGUGCGUCCAAUUUGUUUAUAUAAAAUGAAGAAGAUGAAGUAAAUUAGUUUACU